AUGGUAGAAAGACAAAAUUACCCUUAAUGAGGGUUGAUUUUGGGUGAUAAGGGUUAAAUACAAUUAAAUCGAUGACUGAGAAUGCUCGGCAAAAAGCUUUCCUAAAGAGGACAGGGAGUCUACGAAACAAGCUUGAGCAUAUUUCUCAUACCACUAACUCAACCAAUGCGAUUCUGUGCUUCAGUGAUGACACCAAUGAGCCUGGUCGUGUCGUGAGAAGGUACAUCAGAGAAGUGGCAACUAUUGAUGACAUGCUUGAGAUUGCUCCUGCUUCCCAGUUGGUGGAUGGAAUAUUAAAUACUGCCAACUGGGAAGCAUGAGCAAUCUAUUAAUAACACCACCUGUUGUCU